AUGUGCACUCUGGUGAAUCGCUGGCGAAAAUAAAUACAGAGAGAGCUUGAGAACGCCAGGCCACCAACCCCACCGCCGUAAGACCGCCCAAAGUACUCCCUGUGCUCGUCCCUCCGUCGACAUCCUCUACUACCAAUGGACCCAUCUUUAGAGACGAUUUUAAUAUCACAGCUCCUUCGAGGCUAAAAUGCGCAGGACGCGGUCCCUUCUUUUUCGUCUAUCGUCAUUGCAACUCUCCACAUCUUGAUUUUCUUUGGUGGGUUUUCUAUUUGGGCAUUUAUGGGGACUAUGGUGUGGGAAGCUGGGAUCUUGAUAUUGGUGGUCUUGUGGAGGUUAACAUGUGGCGUCUCCGGGUCGGAACCAGUUAGGGCUUUGAUUUGCCCGGUGGAGUCGCUCACGGAUUCAAUUUUGGGCCAUUGGGAGGGAUACUGCUACCUAAACGGUGGUUCUGAUUUCGCUCAUUUCAUUGGGGUUACUGAGGGAGAUGAAGUUUUACUGCAAGAGGCACUAAAUAUGGUCCACAAGCACAGACAUGAAUAUAUAGCUAUGCUGUUCUAUGCGUCUUGGUGUCCUUUUUCAAAGACCUUUAGGCCAAGCUUGUCUAUCCUUUCAUCUUUGUACCCGUCGAUUCCCCAUUUUGCAUUUGAAGAAUCAGCUGUCAGGCCAAGCAUACUGUCAAAGUAUGGAGCUCAUGGGUUUCCUACACUUUUUCUUUUGAACUCCACAAUGCGUGUGCACUAUCAUGGCUCUCGGACUCUUGGUUCUCUUAUUGCUUUCUACAGUGAUGUUACUGGUGUUGAGCCCCUAUCCCUGGAUAGCAAAUCCCAUGAUAAAAUUGGACAAGCAUCAAAUUGGGAGAAGCAUGAUAAUGUUGAGCUCGAAAGCUGCCCUUUUUUUUGGGCACGAUUUCCGGGGAAUUUGCUUAGGCAGGAGACCUAUUUGGCGUUGGCCACCGCUUUUGUGGUUCUUAGAUUGCUUUACCUAGUCUCUCCUAAGAUCCUGUUAUUUGCCCAAUUUGUUUGGAGACGGUGCAUUCAAUUUGAGAGAUUGGGGAGCUUGUUGGAGCUUUUACUAGCUUAUCUGAAUCGAGCAAAACAAUUGUUGUAUUAUGCAAAGGAGCCAGGCAAGCGAAGGAAUUUUCAGGGCAGAGCAAUGAAUGCUAGGGUAUGGGCAUCUAACUCACUUGCAACAGUCUCGAUUGGGGAUGCAAGCGCUGGUAGGUCUGGACCCGUAGGUGAAUGUUCUUGACAACCUUUCUGGAAUUUGGAACAAAUUAUUUUUAGAUGUUCCUCUGAAAGAUUAUGAUGUAUAUUUUCUUUUCAAGGUAGAUUUUGCUUUCAGAAUCAUCUGGGGGUAUAACAUGAAAUUCCAUUCUAUGUAGCAAAGUGAAAUUUAACUUUGUUGUGAACUGUACUGUAGUAAUUCAUUUCCUUUUUAUUC